AUGAAAAUCAUAUGUGUCACGAUCUUGUUUUGGCCCUUCUUCAUGCUAUUAUUAUCUGAAAAAAGCCAGACUUCUAAAACAGAAGUCAAGGUUAAUUUCACUGAAAAGAAUUAUUCUUUGAUUCCAGAGGAUAUCAGUAACAAUAUUACUAUUCUUGAUCUCAGUUAUAACCAAAUUACUCUCAACAUUGCAGAUACGAGAGUGCUACAGAUGUAUUUUUUACUCACUGAGCUCUAUUUGAAUGAGAACAAAAUCCUUAUCUUACAUGAUAAUAGUUUCAGUAAUCUUUCCAGCCUAGAAAUCUUAAAUAUCUGUAGAAAUCCCAUCAGUGUAAUUCAACAGGAUGCAUUUAUAGGCUUAAAUAAACUAAAACAGUUAUAUAUCUGCCAAAACAAAAUAAUACACCUGAAUCCUGACAUGUUUGUGCCUCUAAACAACCUGAAACUUCUGAAUCUGCAAGGCAAUUUCAUAAGCUACUUUGAUGUACCACAACUAUUUCAUCUGGAAAUAAUAACUUUAUAUGGAAAUCCAUGGAACUGCACUUGUAGACUAUUCAAUUUACAGAACUGGUUGAAUACAUCAAAUGUGAUACUAGAAAAAGAGAACAUCACCAUGUGUAACUACCCAGAUAGCCUGAAGUGCUACAACAUCAAGACAGUACCCUUUGCUCCUGAAUGCCACUCAACACUAAUUUCAUCUGUAACUGAAGAUUUUUAUGUUAAUUUUCGGUCCAUUAGCAAUUCAACUUUUGAUAGCUCUUUAAACAACGUGACAAGAAAUUCAGAACAUGAACCUCUUGGGAAAAGUUGGGCUUUCCUUGUUGGUGUUGUUGUCACUGUACUGAUGACUUCACUCCUCAUCUUUCUUGCUAUCAAAUGCCCAAUAUGGUACAAUUUUCUGCUUAGUUAUAAUCAUCAUCGCCUGGAAGAGCAUGAAGCAGAAACCUAUGAAGAUAGCUUUACAGGAAAUACAAGUUCUUCUUCACAGAUACCAGAUAUAAACUCUGAAGACACGACAGUAAUAUUUGAACAGUUACAUUCAUUUGUGGUAGAUGAUGAUGGGUUUAUUGAAGAUAAAUAUAUAGAUACACAUGAACUAUGUGAAGAAAAAUAA